UCACCUUUCUUGUGUCACAAUCGCGUAACUCAAAUGUUGCCACUUCAUUUUCAUUUUCCUCUUCAUCCUUUUCCCGGAUCCUUUACUUUCUGAUUCAGAGUUUGUUGAGCGGAAGAGCCAUUUUCUUAUUCAACAAAAUUUAGGGUUAGGGAUUCCAAUUCCCAAUUUCCCCUCUUUUUCCGAUUCCUUACCCUUUUACUUUUCUUUCCUCCCGACAGAUUUUCCGUCUGUCUCUCUCUCUUGUUGGUUACGACAAUCACUCAUCCAUCUUCGAUCAACCCUUUCCGAAACAUGGUUUCAUUUUCUCGGGAAAAUUCCGUUUACUCUUUUCUCGGCCAACCCUUUCUCCCAUAUUCCAUUCCUUGUUCGAAUUGUUGCAAAUUUCCAAUUUCCUAGGUUUUCUCGAUCUAUUCUGCGAUCCGUCAAUUGCAAUUUGGGACAAUCCACCCCUUUUUUUAACGUUUGUUCUGUGUAUAUUUUGUGCUUGUUAGGGUGGUUGUAUUAGCGCUGUCGAUAGAGGAUUUGCGAGGGGUGUAAAAAGUGCAGUUCAUACGUGUUGAUAAUUGGGUGAAUCGAUUGCGAUUUGUUAAUUAGGUUGUUGUAAAUAUAUUGAUAUUACUGGAAUUGUUGUCUGAUAUCAAAGUGAGUUAUGCAUAUUGAGGAAUUGAAGGGAGGUGAGGUGGGAGAAGUUAGAGGGGAAGGAAGAUCGAGCUUUGUAGGUUCCGAAGCGAAGAGGGUAUUGGUUGGAGCUGGUGCUCGUGCGCUCUUCUAUCCAACCCUUUUUUACAAUGUCGUUAGAAAUAAGAUUCAGGUUGAGUUUCGAUGGUGGGAUAGGGUUGAUGAGUUCAUAUUGUUAGGUGCCGUUCCAUUUCCCAUUGAUGUUCCCCGCUUGAAGGAGCUUGGUGUUCGUGGGGUCAUCACAUUGAACGAGUCAUAUGAGACUUUGGUUCCAACCACAUUAUAUCAUGCUCAUGGAAUUGAUCAUCUGGUAAUUCCUACUAGAGAUUACUGUUUCGCUCCAUCAUUGCAUGACAUACACCGUGCUGUGGACUUCAUACAUGAAAAUGCAUUGUCUGGACGCACUACAUAUGUCCACUGCAAAGCUGGACGUGGUCGCAGCACGACUAUUGUUAUUUGUUAUCUGGUACACCACAAACUGAUGACACCUGAUGCUGCAUAUGAUUAUGUGAAGUCAAUUCGGCCAAGGGUGCUUCUAGCUUCCUCUCAGUGGCAAGCUGUCCAGGAAUACUACUAUCACCUUAUGAUGAGGAGGGUUGUUGGAUGUGCUCCUACCUCUGGUCUAUUAGUAAGGACUUCUAAGGUAGCAUCAGCUUCACGAGAUCUUGUAACAUUUGAUGACAGUUCUGUAGUCAUAGUAACAGAGUCAGAUCUUGAAGGGUACGACUCAAGUAAUCAAUCAGGAACCAUGGCUGGUGAAAUGUGGACAGAUUUAAGCGUUGUUUACCGUGUGCGAGUUGCUGGACAGGCAGCAUUGGCAAGAAUAUCUUGCCUUUGGCUGCGAUAUGGUACUACUAACCAGAAGAUUACUACGGAGAAACUGAGCAGGGAAAGCAGUUGCUCCAUCAGUGCUAAUCACUUGGGAGGAAUUAGUGUUGAUAUCCAUGUAUACUAAAAAAACAGCCUAAGUUGCCUGAGUUUGUCAUGUUUUCCUUGUUCUGCCCAAUAAUAAUCCAUGUUUGGCAGGCCUGAAUCUAUAACGUGUUUUCCUCUGUAUAUUCCGUUGUUUGCCCAUUUGAAUUCAAAUGAUGAGUGUCAUGCGGGUCAAUCAAUCAAUGUGCAUCGUUUAUAUUGAUCAAUUAAUUACUAGGUUUGUCAGGGCUUUCAAAUCUGGAGUAAUCCUUUUCGAUGCAAGCUUUUGCGAUGGAUGCAAUGCUAACUGCUGCAUCGAAAAAGGGAGGAGGGUUUGAGGGCUACUGUUACGAAUUUACGCAUUUGGUAGCCUUUAUCUCGGUUAAAUCACUACCAAUGCCAAGACAAUCGGUAUGCUUAACUCCAGUAUCCUACUCCCCCCAAUAAUAUCCACGAAGUCCACGUUUCAAUUUGAAAUUGAUGGGAACAACUUUGCUCUUCAUUUUUGGUUUAUGGCGGAGGGGACGGGGAUAAGAUCAAGAGAAGGAAGUGUGAGGGGGGUGGGGGUGGUUUGACUGACAAUACUCUAUCUUGCAAGUGUAACUUUUCCAUGUUUUUCUUUUUGUCAAAACUUUUCUCUGUUUAAGCAUGCAAUUCUGCCCGUGAAAUAAUCCCAAUGAUGUAUUUUCACUAUUUUGUGACCAAUGUAUAAUAAAAAUAUUUCUUUCGUUCGGC